GAAGCGGUGUGCUCGCCAGGCGCCGCCAUGCCCGGGGACCACCGCCGCAUCCGCGGACCAGACGAGUCGCAGCCGCCGCAGCUGUACGCCGCCGACGAGGAGGAGGAGCCCGCCGCCCGAGACCCGACGCGGCUGCGGCCGGUGUACGCGCGCGCCGGGCUGCUGAGCCAGGCCAAGGGCUCGGCCUACCUGGAGGCGGGAGCCACCAAGGUGCUGUGCGCCGUGUCGGGCCCACGCCAGGUCGAGGGCAGCGAGCGAGGGAGCGGCCCGGCCGGAGCCGGCGGCGAGGCCCCGGCCGCGCUGCGCGGCCGCCUGGUCUGCGAUUUCCGCCGCGCGCCUUUCUCGGGCCGCCGGCGCCGGGCGCCUCCGGGCGGCGGCGAGGAGCGCGAGCUGGCCCUGGCCUUGCAGGAGGCGCUGGAGCCGGCCGUGCGCCUGAGCCGCUACCCGCGCGCGCAGCUCGAGGUGUCGGCGCUGCUGCUGGAGGACGGCGGCUCGGCCCUGGCCGCCGCCCUCACGGCCGCCGCCCUGGCCCUGGCCGACGCGGGCGUCGAGAUGUACGACCUGGUGGUGGGCUGCGGCCUGAGCCGCGCGCCGGGGCCCACGCCCGCCUGGCUGCUGGACCCGACGCGGCUGGAGGAGGAGCGCGCCGCCGCCGGCCUCACCGUGGCGCUCAUGCCGGUGCUCAACCAGGUGGCCGGGCUGCUGGGCAGCGGGGAGGGCGACGCGACCGAGACUUGGGCCGAAGCCGUGCGGCUGGCCCUCGAGGGCUGCCAGCGACUCUACCCGGUGCUGCAGCAGUGCCUGGUGCGGGCCGCCCGCCGCAGGGGCGCCGCCCCGCCCUGAGCCAGCGGACGAAGUGGAGCCGCGAGCGGACGGAGCGUGCGGAGAUGGACGGUUGCGUUGGGACAGCUGUUUUCCAGUUCCCAGCCAGAAGCCAGUGGAGGAAGCCGCGGGAUGCUUGCUUACUCCCGAGUCGGGAAGGACUUGAGCCGGCCUCGUCCGGAGAGCGGGACCUGUGUGACUCCGGAGACGAUGGACAGGGCGCUGGGCCUUCUCGCAGCGGGACUAAACAACACCGUUUUUUGUUUGCGAAAUACGCGUGUCUUGGUUCUUGGUACAGGAUUUUAAGAGAGAGCAAGGCUCCCUGGCGGUGAGGCUCAGGACAGCACUGCCCCGCCUGUAUGGCGUCCCUUGGACCGGUGAGCGGACGAGACAGGCCAGAAUACUGAAGCGGCUUCAGGUUUAGAUGUGGGCCAUGUGCUUGGCAGGAAGACACGCCGCCACCUCCGGUGGCCCGUGAGGCUGCUGCACCGGGAGGAGAGUUGAACGGCCCCGGGAGCACUCGGGUGGCGGGGAUCCCGGAGCUCAUGGCUGUGCCGGGAGAGGCCGCAGCUAAGGGUUCCCGAGAGCUGGAAAGGGUUUUGCUCUGGAUGGAAGCCGGACCCCAGCCUUCCGUGGCCAGGGGCACAGCAGUACAGUCAGAGGCCUGCAGUACGGCUGAGUGGGCCCCUGGGCUGCCUUCAUCUGCCCGUUGUCCAGCCUGAGCCCCCGGGAUCUACGCAGCAUGGGCGGGGGGAGAGGGCCGGUGAACUGCGAGAAAGUUCCUGGCUUCUGGGAAAGCGAGGCUACGCUGUAGGGCAGGAGGGGAGUCUUCCUUGAACCCUGCUGGUUUGUGCUUAAUGGAAUCCACAGUUGGGGGGGGGGCUGGGCACCCAGCUCCGGAUGAGCUGCUAAGCUUGUCUUGAAGGGCUGGCCUGGGGCAGCCCAAAGACCAGGGUGAAAUUCUGGGGUCACACCACGGUCCUUUGACAGAAGAAAUACAAAUUUUAUUUUUUUCUGUUCUGACCACAUUGUCCUACAGCAGAUCUACAAACACACAGGUGUCACACCAGUGAAAGACGAGAUAGGAAGGGACG